GAGCGCCAGCUGUUUGUUUGUUUACAUCCAUUUUCAAGAUCCCGGGCACAGUGUGUUGCUUAGCAGCGGUCUCAAUCGUAAACGUUUGCGUUCUUCUCCGACUGUCAACGAUUAAAAUCGGCUCCAGUCGAAGGAAACAAUCGCACUAUCUGAAAUCAGAUGUUGGUUGGCUGCUUCACUGAAGCGAUGGAUAUUGAUCUUUCGGUAUUUUGAGUCACUGAGCCUCGAUAAACGGACUCUUUUAUGCAUGUGAUUCACUAUGCCGCCUCGCAAGAAGGAGUACGGGAUUAAACGAGCGAGCGGAUCCCUGGUCCACUUCAGACCGCCUGUGAGUGCGACCACCGCGCGCCGACACUCCGCCGUCGUUCCUUCGGUGCUGACGUUCGCCGUGAUCGUGGCAUCCGGAGGCCUGUUGCUCAUGAUAGAGAAGGGAAUGCUGAACAGCGUGCAGACUCCGCCGCCACGAGCCAACGGGAAGAAAGUGGAGUACCGAAUGAGGAAUAGCGACGCAGCUGUGGACGUGGAGUCUCAGAUUGUACAGGAGAUCCGUAAUCGCACCAUAAGAUCGAUGUGUGGUCAGAAGAACAGUCCUCACAGCGUGUGGUCUCUCAGUCCACUGCAGAGGAAGACUCUCCUCCAGCACAUACUGGUGAACGACGAGCAUCGCUUCCUGUACUGCUACGUCCCCAAAGUGGCCUGUUCCAACUGGAAACGAGUGCUGAAAGUAAUGAGUGGCGCUCUAGCCAACGUGGAUGUCAAAGUGAAGAUGGACCAUCGUUCUGAUUUGCUCUUCCUGUCUGACUUUUCGCCAGAAGAGAUUCGUCAUCGACUACGGCAUUAUUUUAAAUUCAUGUUUGUGCGGGAGCCGAUGGCCCGCUUGCUUUCUGCCUAUCGGAACAAGUUUGGCGAAAUUGAGGCAUAUCAGCGUAAAUAUGGUGCAGAGAUUAUACGGCGCUAUAGAAAAGGCUACGCAAAGGAUAAAAAAAUAGCAGGAAAUGACGUGACGUUCACAGAGUUUGUGCGUUAUUUACUUGACGAAGACCCAGAGCGGAUGAAUGAACACUGGAUGCCCAUCUAUAACCUGUGCCAACCCUGUGCCAUAGAAUAUGACUUUAUUGGCUCAUAUGAAAGUCUGGAGAGCGAUGCGGCCUACGUUCUGGAACGUGUCGGAGCACCGCAACACAUACGUUUUCCUGAGCGACAGACAUGGUACAAACCCGUUACCAAGGAAACGCUGCAUUAUUACCUUUGUACUGUGCCACAGAAGUUUCUCAAAGAGCUUCUGCCCAAGUAUAUUUUGGACUUUUCUCUGUUUGGCUAUCCUUUACCAAACACAACCACUGAAUAUUGUAGGCAUUAACAAAGACAUUGGGGUAUACCUGCUUUGUAAAGCUGUUUAUAAUCUUUCGUUAUGUUAAUAUUUUAAUACUUUUUUACAGUAUUACCUGUACAGAAUUGAAAAUAUAUUUGAAUAAAACCCUCAGUACAGAGUUUUUGAGAGCUAUUUAAGUUCAAACCACUAUUUAAAACUGGAAAAGCUCAAUCAGCUAUUUUUAUAAAUGAGAUGCAGUAAUAUGUUCAUAUGAACGGGCAUAAAAUGAAAAACAUUGUGCUGUGCGCAAGACUAUCAUGAGUUUUAUAUCAGUAAGCAGAGGCUGCCGCCAUUUUCACUUGUCAAUUACAAUAUUCAAAUUUUCAGUCAAAGCAAAGAGUAUAGAACCCCUUUAAGACAAGUCAUUUCACUCGGUGGCCAUCUUUGAAACGCCUCUCGGGCAUUUAAGUGCAGCUCCUAUCUCUUUGAAUGGGGAAACAUCACAUUGUCCAAAGCUGUUUGCCAAGCUUUCGAUUAAAUUUCAUAUUUGAAAUCACCAAUGAAAUCUGACAACUGUUUCAUAAAUUUUGUUUCUAAACGCUCGAAUCAAGACAAAAAACUGUAUUUUUCAGGCUGGAUCAGGCAAAUGCGCAUGCGCAGUAUUAAAUGCACGUCUCUUGUGCCUCAUUUCGGAGGCGCGCUUCUGACUGUUUCUAUUGGAGCCGGAGCUUCUAACGGCCGCUGCAGUGACGCGAAAGCGGGACUUAUUCCGCCAUAUCGCGUGUCGCGCUUUCUCCCAUUCAAUAUGAGUGAUGCGACUUGUGUUAUUCUAUAGUCUUUGUUUUCAGCGUUUUCCUUUUUAUUUUAUUUUUAUUACUUAGUCAUUAAUCAUUGUUAAUUCUGCUGUCACAUGUAUUGUAAUACGUUUUCUUUGUUAAUGUGCUUAAUCCAUUUACAAAAAUGAAAUGUGAUACUCAAAUCGAGAAAAUCAGUUACAAAAUAACUUCUGACACCAUUCCUGUUUGUAUUUAAUGAAUUGUGUUUCGAGUGAAGUGUGUUGUUUUAUGUCGAACAAAUAUUUCUGACCACAAACUUGAAGGCUUCUCAUCUGCCACUUCCUCUGAAAAGAUGUGGCUCUGAGUUGAAUCCCUUAAGAGAUUAUAAAGAAUGCAGUUUCACAUCCAAAAGCAGAAGUACUGUACAAGGAGGAAAUAAAAAAUCUUUGAAACACA